CGUCUUUUUAAUUAUUCAUCUCAUCCUUUUUACGCCGCUUUCAGUCAUACAACAUGAUAUCUUUCUCAUUGCUCGUAUCUGCACUCCUUGUCUGCCAAUGCUCCGCAGGAUCCCUUGAACCCCGCGCAGACACUACCGCCCUUGCCAUGAACGCCCGCACCUUCCGAGGCUGGACGAGCUGGAGUUUGCAAGCAUUCAAGGGACCGGGCUAUGGCGCUGAUUGGUUCAAAGAAGAGAACAUCAAACGUCAGGCCGAUGUCCUCGGGAAUGAGUUCAAGCAGGCCGGAUUUGGCUAUUUUAACCUCGAUUCGGGAUGGCAAGACGAAAAGCUGGACGAAUUUGGGCGUGUCCAACUCAGCACCGUGCGUUUCCCCUCAGGAAUCCAAAGUCUUCAAGGCUAUCUUGAGACGCGUGGAUUAUCCCUUGGUUUAUACUACCUUCCGGGUAUCGAUAGCCGUGCCGUAGAUAACAAGACUCCCGUCAAGGGCACCAAGUACACGGCUGAUCAGAUUGUACUAUGCCCAACCACAAGCAACUCGACCAAUUGCAAGCGACCUCCUGCUAACGCAUUCAGCGCUGGUCAAUCCCUAGAUUUUUCUCACCCCGGAGCUCAGGCCUACAUUGAUAGCAUCGUCGACCAGCUCUACAGCUGGAAAGUGACAUUUGUCAAAUAUGCCGGUUAUAUCCCUGGCUCUUCCGUUGAUCCCAACAACGCGGAUUUCAGUAGCGCUACCUCCGCUGCCGACCUUGCUGCAUGGCGCUCGGCCAUUGACCGUCUCCAUCAAACCAAGUACUCGAACCAACCCAAGAUCUGGAUCAGCGCUGCCUGGGAAAUCGCCAAAAGUCAAAAGGACAUUUUGAAGGUCAAUGCAGACAGUCAUCGGGUGGCAAUCGACAUCGCUGCUUACAGCACUGUUAUGACUACUUUCGAUCGUGUCAUUCGGAACGCUCGUGUCGCAGCAUCGUGGUCAUCUGUGGAUGCCAACCGAGGUGGAACUGUGUUGGAUCUCGAUGCCAUUUUACUUGCCGAUUUAUCCGCUGCCGAGGCUAAGACCAUGGUCACUCUCUGGGCCUUGCUUGGUUCGCCUAUUUACUCCGGUGACGAUCUCACCAAGCUCUCACAGGAAAAGAAAGCUCUACUCACCAACCCCUCGGUGUUGGACGUAGCCAAGAGACUAACUCACAAUCCAGCUCGAGUAUUGAAUUACGCUGAAGAAACUACCUCAAGCGCACAAAGCCGAUUAGCCCGACGUGAUGGUAAUACUGAAUCGACAGCAGCCUGUGAUGCACGAGUUUUACAAGAAUGUCAUCAGAUGGUCUGCAAGUCACUUAUGAUCGAUCCAUCAAAGGUUCAAUCACUUUACCAAGCAAGUAAACUCAAAUACGCCAGCUCUGCCAAGGUCACUCCUAUGAUGACUUCUGGUGGUGCGGCAGCUGCUGACCCGUGGGAACGACAAGUCUGGUAUGCGGAACUCACCCAGUCCAAAAACCCAUCAGCAAUCUACAUUGGUUUCGUCAACGCCGGCCAACAACUUCCCACUGAUGGACCAGCUGAGAUUACAGUCGAUUUGAAGCAACUCACUCUCACCAGGCCGAUGGCCAAAUCUUACACUAUCUCUGAUUUAUGGACCGGUAAGGAUGUUGGAACUUGUUCCGGCGGACAGAUGACUGUCUCCUCUGGAACUCUCGCUGCUCAUGCCAGUGUUCUAUACAUCCUCAAGCCAAACUGAGUUAUAUAUCAAUGAACAUCGACUUGAUUAUUGUUCAUCUAUGAUAACAUUUUCAAUUAUCACGACCAAGAGGGGGAUUCAGAAACUUUUUCUAUUUCACUCUCAUGAUAUUCUCUCCUUAUGUUUCUUGAUCACUUUUGUGUGCCCAAGAUCACCUUGUGAUUUGCAUGUUAUCCCUAUACCUCUUGUAAAAAACCAGAAGACAAUGUUGUUGAUGAUCAUCGAACGGAAUAUAUUUCUUGUUUGGGAGCAGUU